AAGAAAUAACCAUCUUUAAAGUAUAGUCAUGUAUAAUUGGGCUUCGACUGGACAAUUAUGGUAUAUCAGAUGUUGUGCAGGUUAAUGUUGGAAAAUUAUUUACCAAUAACAAAGUUUACAAUACAUGAAUAUAUAUUUCAUUGGAUCCGCAUCAAGGCUUUCAAAUUAGGGUUUUGCAUUGCAUUAGAGAUUAAAUCACUCCAUCAAACAUUUUCUUGUGACUCUGACAUCCGACUUGAUCUUCUUCGGCCAGAAACAGCGAGAUAUCCGUUCAGCCUUUUCUUUCACCUUAUUCCAUCCCUUCCCGGCGAGGAUGCGAUUCCAUCUCAAUUUCUGGCCGCGGUAACCACCGCCGCAAAAAGCCCCGUACCACCGAUUGAAUCACGCUGUGAUUCAAGGAAAAAACACCAGGAGCAAUGACUACUCACAAACUUUCUCAAUGUAUUCAAGGUCCAAUCUCCAACUCAUUCUGCAUAUCAACGAUUUCGGAGCUGUUGAGUAAACAGCACUGGUCAGAGCUCAAAUCUCAUCUAAGAGUAACCAAACCUGCAACAUUUCUAGAUCAAUUACUUAAUUCCGGUAUAGAUUCCGACCUUGUUUUUAGGUUCUUUAAUUGGUCUCAGAAAGAGUUCAGAUUUUCAUAUGAUCUUGAACCAACUGCCAAACUUUUACAUUCUCUAGCGAAUUCGAAAAGCUACUCUAAAGUUAGGUCUUCUCUGGAUAGCUUUGUUAAAAACAGGAAACAUACAGUUUCUUCUGUUUUUCACUCCCUUUUGUUAGGCGGAGGUCGAUCCAGUGCUACUGUUCUGAUAAUCGAUAUGUUGGUGUUAGCGUAUGUUAGAAAUUUAGAGAUGCAUUCUGCUUAUGAAGGGUUUAAGCGAGCUCAAGAUUAUGGAUUUAAACUAUCGCUGACUUCGUGUAAUCCGUUGUUGAGUGCUUUGGUGAAGGAGAAUAGAAUUGGUGAUGUGGAGUAUGUGUAUAAGGAGAUGAUAAAGAGAAGAAUUCGACCAAACUUGAACACGUUUAAUGUUUUCGUUAAUGGUCUUUGUAGAGGUGGUAAGUUGAACAAGGCGGAGGAUGUUUUUGAAGAUAUGAAGGCGUGGGGAGUUUCGCCGAAUGUGGUUACUUAUAAUACUCUCGUUGAUGGUUAUUGCAAGAGGGGCGGUGCUGGAAAAAUGUACAAAGCUGAAGCUAUUAUGAAGGAAAUGGUUGCUGAGAAAAUUUGUCCGAAUGAAGUUACUUUUAAUACUCUUAUUGAUGGGUUUUGUAAGGAUGAGAAUGUAUUGGCUGCAGAGAAGGCUUUUGAAGAGAUGCAAAAGCAGGGAUUGAAACCUAAUACAGUUACUUAUAACUCGCUGAUAAACGGUUUAUGUAAUAACGGUAAGCUAGAAGAGGCGGUUGAUUUGUGGGAUAAGAUGGUUGGUUUGGGUUUGAAGCCAAAUAUUGUAACUUAUAAUGCUCUUAUAAAUGGGUUUUGUAAGAAGAAGAUGAUGAAGGAAGCAAAAAAGGUUUUUGAUGAUAUAACCGAGCAAGAGUUGGUUCCCAAUGCUAUAACAUUCAAUACUAUGAUUGAUGCAUACUGUAAGGAAGGGAUGAUGGAGGAAGGGUUUGCACUAUGUAGUUCAAUGCUAGACGAAGAGAUUUUGCCGAAUGUUUCAACUUAUAACUGCUUAAUUGCAGGCCUGUGCAGAAAACGGGAUUUACGGGCUGCAAAGGAGCUUCUAAAUGAAAUGGAGAACAAUGGUUUAAAAGGCGACGUUGUGACAUACAACAUCUUGAUAGAUGGAUCGUGCAAAAUCGGCAAACCAAGAAAUGCAGAAAAGUUACUUAAUGAAAUGUUCAACCUUGGUUUGAAACCUAAUCAUGUGACAUAUAAUACUUUGAUGGAUGGUUAUUGUAUGGAGGGGAAUCUUAAGGCAGCGUUGAACGUGAGGGCGCGUAUGGAGAAAGAACGAAAGCAGCCGAAUGUUGUUACUUAUAAUGUUUUGAUUAAAGGGUAUUGUAAAAUUGACAAGCUAGAGGCUGCAAAUAAUCUUCUUAAUGAGAUGUUGGAAAAGGGUUUGAAUCCAAACCGUAAUACAUAUGAUAUAGUAAGAUUGGAAAUGUUGGAGAAAGGCUUUAUUCCUGAUAUAGAAGGACACUUGUAUAAUAUCUCUAGCAUGUCUUAGGAAGAACUUGAUUUGUCCCUUGUUUAUGUACCGCUAGAUAUCCCUUUGGAACAUCCACCUCAUCUAGAUAUUUUUAUAAACAACUAACUUUCUUAAAAUCUAU